AAAUUCCGCCCCUCGAAGAUUUUCAAAGAAGACAUCGAAUCAGUCUCUAUACUUCCUUCCCUUCAACUUACCUUCUUCUGACUAAUUAUGGUCUCAAUUACCUACAUUUUGCUCAUUUCAACUGUAACUGUGCUCACAGUAUCAGCAGCUCCAAUUGUGACGGAACAAAAAGCUUUUCCAGAUAUCGCUGAAUUCUCAAAUUCCAACAAGGACGCAAACGUCUUUCUUCCAUUCCGUGAACUCCCUGAACGUCUUAUCGAUGAUUUCAAUUCAAAGGAACUCGAUGAGGGACGUGAUCUUCCAUCAGAAUCUGACAUUUUCUACUUCUUCGGAAAGACGCCGGUUCUGACGGAAGUUAUUGAUGCCCGAAAGCGUGGUGGCUUCUAAAGAUCCUCAGGGCAACAACCGGGUUAAACAUGCAUCACCAUGUCAUUCAAGAACAACAACGAUAUUGUUGUAGUGUGUAACAGUAAUAAUAUCCCAUAUUGGGUUUUCUGUUAAACGAUCUCUCCCAUUCUCCCAUCUUUACGAUGUCUCUUAUCUCUGAUACGUGUACGUCUUCAACUGCUCUUACAAGGCAACUAUGUCAUCAAUUCGCACUGUAUUUUCUGUGAAAAAUAUUAAUGUCAAUAAACAUUUAUAUUGUG